AACGUUUCGGUUUAUUAGAGAGUAAUAUUGACAUUUUCUAGGACGAGCGAUGUCGACAAGGGACAAAGACAGAAGUGGGAAGCUAGCUGCAGGUAGAAAGAAGCUGGAGAAGUUCCAGGCUCGACAGCAGAGCGGCAAGAAGAAACAAGGCUCUGUGCCUCUCCUUCUCUCCCUCCCUGCUCUCGAGACCAAUGCCUUACUCCAGGGAGCCGGUGGGGCUCCAGAACUAACUGCUCCUCUCCCCUCACUCACUCUCAGCAAUUCUCUCUCAUUGACCACACCUACUGACCUACCUGCUCCCGUUGCCAACGGAUACAGCAACAGUGAUAGGUGGAGCCUGAAGGCACGAACUUUGACCCCACCAAGGGACCGUAUCUCCCAGGACAGUGAAUCAGAAGACAGUUAUCUCCAGGCUCAGACCAUUGAUAUUCUGGUGGCAGAGAAGUCGUCACUGGAGUCAAAGAUUCACCCCCUCCAGACUGACCUCAGACACAAGACGAGGGAAGUGGAGGACCUGAGGAGUCGUCUACAGUCAACCAGACUGCAGCUGGAAGAGAAUGAGAGAUUGAAACUCUCCCUCAUCGAGGACAGAACAAAGCUGGACAGAGUGAGUCACAGGUUCAGUACAUAAUACGCUACUGUCUUGUGUACAGAGCCUGUUGGAGGAGAGGAGGGGCAGGGAGGAGGCUGAGGGUGCCUUGCAGAAGAUGAAGACAGCUCUCGAGGACACCAGACAGGAGAACACUGAGCUAGUCAGCAAGGUGACCGGCCAGGCAGCUGAUCUUCACUCCCUCCAACAGACGACCUCUGACCUCCGCAGUCGACUGACGAUGGCGGAGCUCCUCAACCAGCAGCUGUCGGCAGGUCCGUCUUCUCCCAGUGGGUCGGGGGAGGGGCUGGCUGCCGGGGAGCUGGAGGAGCUGCAAGGGGAGGUGGGGAGACUGGAGGGAGUGGUGAGGAGUGUGAGUGGGGAGAGGGACCAGGCUCUCGGGGAUCUCGACGCUCUCCGAGAGGCAAUGAUACAACAGAGACAAGACUCCGCCCAGAGAUUGUCAGAGCUGCAUUCGAGGCUGGCAGAGAGUGAGGCGGAGAGACUGAAUCUGUCUGAGCAACUGUCGGACGUCUCCCAGAGACAAUAUGAACUUGCUCAACACGCAUCUUCUGAGCAUGCCCAGUACCAAGAAUCAACCCUGGUUGCCAUGGAGACUCUACAGCAAGAAAAUCAAGAGCUCCAGACUCAGCUUCAGUCACAGUUGGCAGAGUGUGAUAAGCUACGGAGGUUGACUGGAGAGUUGCAAAGGAAGGUGGAGGAGGGAGAGAGAGAGGGUGAGAGGCUCAGGGAGAGUGCUAUAGACUCAGGAGCUCUACUGGAGACAAUGUCGCGAGACAAGGAGGCCCUGAGCAGGGCGGUGGCCCAAAAUAGAGAGCUGAAGACUCAACUUGUGGAGUUGCAGGAUGGCUUCGUGAGAUUGAGUCAGCAGAACAUGGAGCUGGCGUUGGACGUUGAGACUGAGAGGUUCCACGUGUCUCAGCUGACGAGGCAGCUGGAGGCAGCGUCACAGUCGCAGGAGGAGGAGGAGGGGCUGGGAGAGGACAAGAGAGCAGAGAUAGGGAUACAGACGAGGUGGGAAGAGAGGGAGGAGGAGGAGGGAGUCGAGGUGGACACACAGACCACAGCAGGAGAAGAGGAAGACACUGAGACGACUAACCACCUCUUACACCAAAUUCAGGAGGUGGAGGAAGAGAGGGAGAGUCUGAGGCUACAGUUGGAGGAACUGGUGAUAGAGAGAGACAGUCUACAUGAGGAGAUAUCACGGCUUCACUCGCAACUGACUGGGCCCACUCGCAGCCAAUUAUCAGUCCUAAUGACAGGGGCUCCCCCGCAGACACCGAAGCUGCUAAUGACAGGGGCUCCCCUGCAGAUGCUGAGGCUGCCAAUCAGACACUAGACAUACUCACUGCACUCCAGGUCAACUUUAAUGCUCUUCAGGAGCGGUAUGUGGCGGUGAUGUUGGAGAAGGCGGAGCUUGUUGAGCAGGUGGAGCAACGAGAGGUUACCAUUGGACAGCUCUCUGGAGAGACUGAGACCAUUGGUCAGUCUAUUUCAACUCUCUAUGAUAUCUGGAAAAGACACCUCCUUUAUAAGGACACUUGGAGAGUACGUAAUGCUGUACCAGGCCCAGAGAGAGGCUCUGAGGGCAAAGUUCAAAGAAAAAGACAAUUUCAUUCAGCAGCUUGUCUCAGAGAAGGAGGCAGUGCAGGCUCAGUUGUCAGAGGUACAGACACUCAUGAAACAGCUGGUGACUGGCAGAACUCGUGAGAACAGACCAACCACCUCACAUGAAGCUCCUUCUCCUCCACCCCCUCCCUCAUCUCCCUCAUCACUCCCCCUCCAUCUCCGCCAAUUCACACGUGCUCAUCACAUCACACCCUCUCCUCCUCCUCCUCCUCCCCCUCACACCUCAACUGAGACAGUGGACCGUAUAUUCCAGCUUCUGUCAGUGAUUGGUGAGGGUGUGGAGAGGGGGAAGAGUGAGGUGGUGCCUUGUGCCUGCUGUACCGGUGAUGUCAUCUCUGUAUAAACCUUCAUUAAUGAAAACUGUCACAUGUUCUCCAUCAUUAAUAAACCUUCAUCUUCAAUUUGUAAAAAUGACUUUAACAAGUGAAGC